CCAGCCGGUCUGGGACCCACAUGAUCUCUGCCGAUGAUGCUGAAUACCCCAGGGAGUACCGUACUCUUGGUAACGGGACCAGGCGUUUCUCCAAUGUGGGCUUGGUGCAUACUUCAGAGCGUCGGCACACUGUGAUUGCUGCCCAAAGCCUGGAAGCACUGACCAAUCUCCAGAAGUCUGACAUGGACAGGAAGAGAGAUGCUUUCAUGGAUCAUCUCAAGAACAAAUACCCCCAACAUGCUCUAGCCAUCCGAGGUCAGCAAGAGAGGAUACGAGAUCAGUUGCUUCAAGGCUCUUCACCUAUACUGCUUGCAGGGAGUCCUGAUGCUUUGAUGUACAGAGAGACACAGGAGAAUGCAGUGCCUGUGUGCCUAGAUAAUCCAUCGCAACCAAACUACUGGAGCUUUAAGCACAUUCUUCCAAAACGAUUUUGGCUUCCUCAGACUAGGAGCUCACGUCACUCCCAGAGCUCACAACCUGGCCUUGCAGAUCAAGCAGCUAAAUUGUCUUUUGCUUCAGCUGAAUCCCUAGAAACCAUGUCAGAAGCUGAAUUACCACUGGGGUUCAACAGGAUGAACCGUUUCCGGCAAAGCCUGCCACUGUCUCGGUCCACUAGUCAAACCAAACUGCGUUCACCAGGUGUCUUGUUCCUGCAGUAUGGCGAUGAGACAAGGCGUGUGCAUAUCACACAUGAGAUCACCAGCAUGGACACUUUACAUGCUCUUAUUGUGCAUAUGUUCCAACAAAAACUCACCAUGGGAAUGUUGAAAUCUCACAACACCGCCAUACUUAUCAAAGACGAGUCCCGCAAUGUCUUCUAUGAAUUGGAGGAUGUCAGAGAUAUCCAGGACAGAAGCAUUAUAAAGAUUUACCGGAAGGAGCCCAUUUAUUCUUCAUUUCCUGCUCCUCACAUCACCAACGGGGACGUGAGAGUAAGCGGAAAAGACCGCUGGUCAGACUGCUGUCACCGGCUUUGGCUGGGUCUGGGCUGGGGGCUGGAACGUGAGAUGAUGUACAGCUCCAGAGACUCAUCCCCAACUCGACGUUUGAACAACAUGUCUCCUGCUCCCCACUUGACUUCUGGUUCUCCUCCACCUGUUCUCCAGUCCUCCUCUCCAGCACGUUCCCGCAUGUCUUACAGUGGUGGGCGUCCGCCUUCUUAUGCUGGUAGCCCUGUUCACCAUGGGGACCGGAUGUCUGGACUUCCUCCGGCCCAAGGAGUCUCCCCUAGUCCUAGUGCUAUCCUGGAGAGAAGGGAUGUCAAACCUGAUGAAGAUCUCUCCAACAAGAAUGUGGUGCUUGUAAAGAAUGAGGGACUCUAUUCAGAUCCCUAUGGAAUGGUCCAUGAGGGUAGACUUAGCAUUACAUCUACUCAGUCCCUGGCUGGUUUGGGGGACCCUUUUUCAUACUCUGGUGGCCUGUACAAGAGAGGUUCAGUCCGCUCUCUCAGCACUUAUUCUGCAGCUGCUCUGCAAACUGAUCUAGAAGAAGGAAUGUAUAAACCCAACUCUCAGAUAUAUGGAGACACAUAUGGUCCUGGAAUGGGUUUCCGUAUUCCACCAUCCUCCCCUCAGAAAGUAACAGAUGGAAGAAUGGUGGAUGUCCAACAGAAUCAGGGUCCUCACAGCCCCUACUCAGGACCAUCCAGCCGCAACUCGCCUGUACGUCAGAACUUUCGCAAAGAUUCCUCAUCUUCUGUUUUUAUGGACAGCCCUGUUGGAAAACAGAGAAACCCAAGCUCUUCCUCAGGCACCAAUGAAAUUUUCUCUGGACCAGAACGACCCUUGUCUGGGUUCAGCUCUCCAGUGCCUGCUAAGGAGUCAGAAACACGGGACAGGAUGGAGGCCAUGGAGAAACAGAUUGCCAGCCUCACAGGAUUGGUCCAAAGUGCUUUGAUGCGGAGCUCUGACAGUGAAAACCCAAGUGAGAAAACCGAGUCAGCCAGUGGGGACAAAACAACCUCUGGAUAUCAAAAUGCUGGUACCCCUCUGUCCACUUCGGGAUCUUCUUCCACCCCUGCAGACCAGAGUAAAGCAAUCACUCGCCUUCACAUGCAGCUUCAUCUCCAUGACCUUCAGCACAAUGCCAGUGAGCUGAGAAACCAACUGCAGCAGCUAAAGAAAUUGCAGCUGCAGAAUCAGGAGACUGUGAGGAACAUGCUAAAGCGCACAGAGACAGAGAUCAGCGUGCGAGUGACAGACACAGUGCGUAGACAAGAAGACCCCUUACAGCGACAAAGAGCCAUGGUGGAGGAAGAAAGGUUGAAAUACUUGAAUGAAGAAGAGCUCAUCACUCAGCAGUUAAAUGAUCUAGAGAAAUCAGUGGAGAAGAUCAAAAAGGAUAUUGCACACAACCACAAGCUGAUCUCAGUACAGGAAUUGGAGGAGAAAGCUGUGGUGCUGAAGCAGCUUGGAGAGACUCUGACUGAUCUCAAAGCUCAGUUUCCCAGUUUGCAAAGUAAAAUGCGGAUUGUGCUCCGAGUAGAAGUUGAGGCUGUGAAGUUCUUAAAAGAGGAGCCACUUCGCUUGGAUGGUCUACUGAAGAGAUGCAAGACAGUCACUGACAUGCUGACUCAUAUUCGCAAACAAGUAGACGAAGGAGUGUGGAAUACACCAGAGAACCUUAACAAUCCUUCCCCCAAGCAAACAGCCACUGAUGGAGAGUUUUCUAAAAGCACACAUUUUGAUUUGCCCUCCAGCCCCCCAACAAACUUUUCUCAGAUGAAUGAAUCACAGACACACAAAUGGGAACCUGUGUGUCACACAGAUGCUGCUUCUUUUACUACUAAUCCUACCCGAGGGGAGAUGGUGACUGUGAAGACCCAGACUGUAUCAGAAACACAAAACAAGAAGGUUGGGGCAGAGAAGUCUGUUGAGGCAGCAGAGCGUGACUGGGAGGAGAAAAGAGCUGCACUGACACAGUACAGUGCUAAGGAUAUUAACCGGCUUUUGGAAGAAACCCAGGCCGAGCUCAUGAAGGCUAUUCCAGAUUUGGACUUUGCUGCCAAACACAAACCAACUGGAAGUGUGACAUCAACCCCAGAGCACCGUACCAGCAAACCACAGCCAGCACAGAAACUUGGUACCAAAAUAGAUGCUAACGGGAGGAGGGGCUCAGAUGAACUGACAGUGCCCAGGUAUCGGACUGAGAAACCAUCUAAAUCUCCACCUCCUCCUCCACCACGCCGUAGUUUUCCAUCCUCACAUGGUAUCACCACAACCCGAACAGGAGAGGUGAUUGUCACCAGCAAGAAGGAGUCAACAUUUAUCAAGAAGUCCGACUCUGAGGAACUGGAGAGCCAAAAACCUCAGGUGAAGCUUCGCCGGACUGUGUCUGAAGUUGUUCGUCCUGCCUCUACACCACCCAUAAUUGCUUCUGGCAUAAAAGAUGAUGAUGAUGAAGAUCGAAUAAUUGCAGAACUGGAGGUAUUUCAGAGAAGUUCUGGCUCCCUCAUUAUCCCUCAGUUUUAUAGUGAACAAACCACAGCAUCCAAUGUGGUGCCUCGUCCAGCACAGCUUUGGUCCAAUGAGGCCACCAUAGAACAUGGAGGAUGGAAGAGUGGGGGCAUGUCAAUCCCCCCCAUGAAGAUGGUGGGCUCACGACUGAAAACUGUUCAGCAGAGCAGUGGAGACAAGAGCAACAAGCAUUCCAAACAAAGGAUGGAGUACAUGAGGAUCCAGGGCCACCAGCAGGCAGCUAGAUCAACUAAAGAGGCUGGUAGUGCAAAUGAGACUAACAUGGCAUCGGAUAAAACUGUACCUUCACGAACCGCUAUUCCCGUACUAACUUCGUUUGGUACAAGAAACUCCUCUAUUUCCUUCUAAAUUAUCUACUUUGCAACUUUGUACUCAACUUUGCUCUUCUCAUCUGAAUUCUUUAUGCUCUUUUCAAGUAUGGACACUGAACUAGCCAACUUCUUGGUUGAAUGUCCCCUCACCUCUUUCCCCUCUGCAUUUUGUCAGCUUGAAGACAAAUGACAUGGCAAAGGGGCGAAAACACAGAAAGGAGCAUGAGAGAUGGGACGGACAAUAGUCGGCGUAUUCCAUGGUGCCUCCCACCUCCCCAGGCUUGACUGUUACCACACCUGCAUCUUUCCAAACGAUGUAUAUAGGAACAUCAAGAUCUUAGGACUUUACAGGACUCUAUCUCGGGGUCCCGAGUAUUGUAUGUUGCUUUGUUAAAUGUUUUUUUUCCAUUUCUGAGCUUUAUUUAUGUGUUGUUUCUGUAGACAUCUAGAUAUGUCAAAAUGAUAUUUUUGUGUGUUGCAUUGCCAGCAAUAAGCAAAGACCCCUCCCUACCCUUAGGAGAGCAGAUUGUAUUUAUGGGUGUUUUAUACUGCACCCUCAACUUCAUGGUUGCCCAAAUAUGUAAUCUGAAUAGGUAUUGAAGGUCCUGUACUGUGCCUAAAUACAUUUUAAAAAGCACAGGCAAAAAAGUGGUGGCUACUGUGUCACCAUGAAUAUGGUAUCAAAUGAACACUCACGCAGAGUAUGAAAUGCCAAGAUCAGUGAAACCAACAUUGUUAUCUUUGUCUAGCAAUAUCUAUCCUCUGGCCAGCUUUGAGAAGCUGUGGAUUUAAAGGCACAAUUUAAAGUUUUGGUGUUCCAGUAAGAAGUUGUUCGGCUGCUGGAAUUAUAAGAGUCAAAAGCUGCCCUGUGGGAUUGUGCAGAAAAUUCCAUGAGGGUUUUUAGGACUGUAUAUGUAGGACAUUCCCGUGUAACAUAGUAUAAUAUAAGCACAGAAACUGAAAACACUAUUGUCCGUGAAAUGUGUGUGUGUGUGUGUUGGUGACUUGUGUGUCUACAAAACUGUGUUCUAUCAAGAGGGGAGAGACCGGGCGAGCACAUUACAUUAUUUUCUUGACUUCUGUCUCUUCACACGCCAAACAACCGUCUUUUUUCUUUUGUAUUUGGACAUAUUUUGUACAGGCAGAUUGAGUUUUAAAACGAUUGCAAAAUAUUAUAUUAUAUCUCUCACCGCAAUGACAAAGUUGCAAACUCUUUCCAUUCCGUGAAAGUGUUUUACAUUUUUUACUAAUUUAUUAAAAAUAUAUAAAUAUAUAUGUAUAUAUACAAAAGAAAUACUGAACAUAUCUCUUUAUGUCCAACUUUAAAUUUUUUGUUUUAUGAUGUAAGAAGGCUUAUAUGAACAAGGUAUUUCCACAUUGGGGUUUAAAGCGUAUAAUAAAUACUAAAUAAUACUGUAAGCUACAGGGGCAGUCCAAUGACAGGGUAUAUAUAGUUUCAUUCGUACUGUGAGAAAAGAGAAAGGUCUGUGGCACCCUAUAGAAGUGAUAAGUGAAAAAAAAAAAAAAAAAACCUUUGCCACAUCUUCUUUCCUGUAUUAAAAGAGAGCAGCACCAAGGUAUCACUUUAUUACACACUCAAAAUAAAUAUAAAUUAUAUAUAAAAUAAAGAAAGAAGGUGCUUCAUAUAUAUAUAUUUUAAAGUGGCUGUAAACCCCUACAUAUACCCAGUGAGGUGACUAGGCUUAGGUCAUACACAGAGAUAAAACAAAUCCUUCUAAAUUAGUUGUACCUGUUGAUACCUGACUUCUCUUCUCUACAGAUAUUCACAGUCCAGAAUUUAUACAGCAUUUCUGAACUGUCAGAAAGCAGGGGUGGGGAGCUAAAGUUACACUCUUCGGAUCUCAGUGAGGAGAGCACUGAGAGCUGAUUGGAGGGAAAACACAGACCCCUUCACACAGGAACAGAGCUGAGGCUGUCAAUCACAGUCUAUGUGCUGGAGCGCCUUCCCCUGUCACCUUUUUAUCUCUUGGUGUCAGGAAAACCUGACAGAAGUGACUAAUGCAGAUAGCAGAAGGACAAGGCAGCAGAGAGAAAUUACACUUAAUGCUCUGGAUUGAGACAAGUACACACUAUAGAGGGAUAUCCUUUGCUCAUAUUUCAUGUCAGAGGUUUACAGCCACUUUAAGUCCCUGUUCAUUUUAUGACAAUGUUCAUUUUAAAUGCUACUGUAGGAAUAUAUUUAUUACCUAUUUUGUUGUUAGAUAUGGUUUGAUCUGUUGUUGCUGUACGUUGAGCAUAUUGGUAUUUUACACUGGUAAGGUCAAUUGUGAGUGUUACUUAUAAGUCGGUAGAGAUGCUUAAAAUUAGACAUUUGCCGAAUGACCAAUC